AUGUCAAAGUUUUCUCUCCAAGGACGUACCGCACUAGUGACAGGAGGCGCCCGAGGAUGCGGUCUAGCUUUUGCGCGUGGACUGGCAGAAGCAGGCGCGAAUAUCGCAAUCUUCGACGUUAUACCACCGGAUGAAGCAUUCGCAUCAAUUGAAAAAGAUUGCUCUGUGAAGACCGCUUAUUACAAGUUAGUGACUCUCAUUAUACUAUUCUACACAAUAGCUAAUCCAAGAAGAGUGGAUGUAUCCUCCGAAGAAUCUCUCCAAACCGGCUUCAAGCAAUUCCAAAAGGACUUCGAUAACGCCCUUGACAUCUGUGUUCCCUGCGCAGGGAUCAAUCGCCAUCUCCCCUUUCUAGAUUUCACCUACAAAGACCACCAAGACCUGCUCUCGAUCAACGUACUUGGACUAUACUUUACGGCUCAAUUGGCAGCGAAGCAGAUGAUCGCGAAUGGGACUAAGCAUGGCAGCAUUGUUCUGGUAGCCAGUAUGGCGAGCCAUAUCGCGGUGCGCAGUCAGUUGUGCAGCGCAUACUGCGGGACUAAGGGUGCCGUUCGAUCUAUGUGUCCAGCGAUCGCAAAAGAGCUAGCACAAUACAACAUUCGUGUAAAUUCAAUUUCUCCAGGCUAUGUACGAACUGAAAUGACCGCCUCUUUCCCCCAUCUUCUCGAAGGCUGGAAAUCGGAAGCGAUGAACGGACGGAUUGCCGAGCCGGAGGAUAUCAUGGGGGCAUGCGUGUUCCUGGCUAGUGACGCGAGCGCAUACAUGACGGGGCAGGAUAUUAUUGUGGAUGGGGGAGUGACCCGCUGGUAG